AUGAUGUCCUCAAAGUUUGGCCACGCAAGUCUGACCCUCAGUGUCUAUCUGUUGACACUGAGCAAUCUGAGUCGUGCCUGGGAGCUUGAGAUCUUUGCGGACGUUACCCAACAGCUACCCCCCAAUGGUAACGGUGAUGUGGGCUGCGCUGAGCUCACCACUUUGCGCCGGAGUUUCGAGUUGAAUGACGUUGGGAGCUGUAUCUUCACGACUGUGCAGAUGAUACCGACAAACUCUUACGAUGCUGGCGAGCAAGAAGAGUGUAUUCUGCCUGACUAUACUUGGAGUUCGUCUGAUGCCACCGGGUGCUAG